AUGCCUUUCGAGCUUGGAUCUACCAUACGUGACUCUUCUCACGAUGUUACUUACAAAUUGAUACAGCCCUUGGGCAAUGGAUCGUAUGCUGUUGUAUACAUGGUCCACAGUAGCAAAGAUAAUAAAUUGUACACUCUCAAAUGUUUGUCCAAAGCAAAUUUGUCCGAAUACCAUUUGUCAGUGCAGAGAAAUGAGGCAACACUCCAUCGACGACUUACUUCUGGUGGAGUCAAGUACGAGAAUCUUGUCACACUUAAUUAUUCGUUCGAAACAAGAGAUUGGCUAUUCCUCGUUCUUGAAUACUGCGAAGGCCAAGACCUAUUUAUUGGCUUACGCAGAGCAACAGCAACGGAUACGAUCGCAAAGCUCUACUACUCUUCACGAGCACAUCUCGAAGUUGUGAAACAGAAUGGGAAAAAUGGGAAAAAUGGUAUUCAUGUGAAACUGACGGACUUUGGCUUGGCUACCGACGAGAAUGAGUCUGUAGAUUUCGAAUGUGGUUCAAAGCCCUACAUGAGCUACGAAUGUCGUAAUCCCGUUCGCAAGAUGUACAACCCGCGUCAGGCUGACGUUUGGUUAUUGGGCAUCAUCUUCUUGGAUCUCUUGUGCCAUCGUUCACCAAAAGUUUCUUUUGAAGAUCUCAAACAUUCCACCGACGGUAUUACGAAUAGUAGCGAUACAGACUCUGGUUUUGGUUCUGACAACGGUUCCACCAAGCGACAACCUCGUGAUUAUAGUUCAGCGUCUAUGCACAUCCGAGACAGGGAUACUAACAAGGAGUCUUCUACAGUUCUCAGGCAAAAGUCAUUUACUGCAAACCUCGACCUUGGGGUGAGCAACGGACUCGCGGACAUCAACGUAAAGCAGUUAAUGACUACUCUACCAGUCCCAAUAGCCAUUGGUCAUCCUACCAUCAAUGACGAGAACGUCUGGAACAAAGACGCAAAGAAAAGGAAGAUCAAGUUCAACACGAGAAACAUCAGGAAAAACAUCGUGAUUGGUGGGGUCAAGAGCGUCUACCAGGGUCUGGAUUCACUAACUUUAAGCAAUCUGGUCAUGUCGAUAAUCAACCCUCCUGGCCAGUUAACCAUUCAUUCCCUCGCUGCACUCGUGCUAAGAGCAUUUCUCGUUCUCCAAAUGAGAAAUCAUUUGCCAAUACUGAUGCAUGUUCGUCGGAGGGAAUUACCUUUGGCCGCUCCGCUGAAAUCCAGGGUUCCCCCAUACACAGACUUUAUCAUACACAGAUGCUACGUGGAUCGCGAUCAUAUUCAUACGAGUAAUGACAUCACUGCCGUCCGUGGUAAUUUGAGCACUUGGUUCGAGGUUUUUGUGAUGUGUUUUGGUACUUUGCUGAAACUCUUUUCGGCUUUUCAUCACGCUGUAAUGCAUAUGUCUAAAAUUUGGGUAAGAACAUACAUUAAUCCCUUGGAUUCGCGAUGA